AUGGACGCCAAAGAAAUCGAAUCCAAGGCCAAGGCCCUGGGCAAGGCCUCCGCUCAAAAGGAGCCUGCGCCAGUUAUUGUCGGUCUUCUCAAGGAACUGCAAACAGGCAUUCAAGCCACGGAGGAUUUACUUCGACGAACCAAGAUCGGUGUGGUUGUGAAUAAAUUCAAGACACAUUCGGCUCCCGAAGUGGCCCAGCUAGCGAGCGCGAUUGUUUCCAGAUGGCGACAAGAGGUCAACAAGCAGAAACAACGCGCUGCAUCAGUUGCGAGCCGAGGAUCCAAUUCACCCCGUCCACCUCAAAAUGGUACCGGGCCAUCCACACCCGCCAGCGUGACUCCAUCUGAUAAGGCGUCAACGCUGUCUGUGCCGCCAGACAAGCGAACCUGGAAGGCGGAUGGAGUGGAUAUUGCUGUCACAUCAAGCAAAGUGCGAGACAGCUGCACUGGUCUUAUUUAUGAUGGCCUGUGUCUGGGAUCGACUGAGCAGCCCAAGGUGGUGUUAGCGAAGGCUUCUGCUGUGGAGAAAGCGGCACAUGGCCUUUUGGGACCCGAGACAAAGCCCCAAUAUAAAGAAAAGAUGCGCAGUCUUUUCCAAAACUUGAAGAACAAGUCGAACCCUACUUUGCGCGUACGCGUGCUGAGUGGAGAAGUUGGUCCCGAUCAAUUUGUGCGCAUGACGAGCGAUGAACUUCGAUCUGACCAACGGCGAGCGGAAGACGAGGCAAUCAAGAAGAAGAAUAUGAACGAUGCCAUGGUUGCUCAGGGUGAAAAGAGUAUCAGUACCAGCUUGCAGUGCGGUAAGUGUGGCCAGCGUAAGGUGACAUACACCGAAGCCCAGACUCGCAGUGCAGAUGAACCGAUGACAUUGUUCUGUACAUGUGUGGUCUGUGGUAAAUCCUGGAGGCAAUAA